AGGACUGAACGCUGCAGCCUGAAUGCCACUCUGCAGUUCAGACCCACAGCAGCGGCAUGUCGUGGCUCUUCGGCUGGAGGAAAGGCUCCGACAAAAUCACGACAUGCUUUGGAUCUGGCUUGUAUGCAGGAGCAGACUGUACAGCUGGAGCAUCAGAGUAAAGUGAAGGAGUAUGAAGCCGCUUUGGAGCAGCUGAAGGGGGAGCAGAUCCAGCUCCAGGGAGAGGAAAGACGCAAAACGCUUGCCGAGGAGACCAGGCAAAACCAAGCAGUAUCAAUUCCUAAAUGAGGAGAACCUUCGCAAACAAGAGGAGUCAGUUCUGAAGCAAGAGGCCAUGAGGAAAGCUACCAUCGAGCAUGAAAUGGAUCUGAGACACAAGAAUGACCUGCUUCGGGUCGAAGCGGAGGCCAAAGCUCGCGCUAAGGUGGAGAGAGAGAACGCAGAUCUGAUCCGGGAGCAGGUCCGCCUUAGCUGCUGAACACAGACAAACUGUCCUCGAAUCUAUAAAGAGCAGUGUUUGGGGAGGGAUUCAGGGCCUUCGUCUCCGACUGGGAUAAACUCUCACAGCGACGAUCGCUGGAUUGACCCUGUUGGCAGUAGGAAUGUAUUCUGCCAGGAAUGCCACAGCGGUGGGGGGGCGGUACAUAGAGGCUCUUCUCGGUAAACCCUCACUGGUCCGAGAGACCUCCAGGUUGACUGUUGCAGAGGCCAUUAAACACCCAAUCAAGACAGCCAAACAUGUAAGAAGCAGACCUCAGGAUGCUUUAGAGGGUGUGGUGCUCAGUGCAGCUUUGGAGGAGCGUGUGAGGGACAUUGCCAUUGCUACUCGCAACACCCAGCAGAAUCGAGGCUUGUACAGAAACAGCCUGAUGUAUGGACCCCCUGGAACCGGAAAAACCUUCUUCGCAAAGAAACUAGCUCUUCACUCAGGGAUGGACUAUGCCGUCAUGACAGGUGGGGAUGUGGCACCCAUGGGGCGCGAUGGAGUCACUGCCAUGCACAAGGUGUUUGACUGGGCCAACACCAGCAGAUGGGGCCUCUUGCUGUUUGUAGAUGAAGCUGAUACGUUCCUCCGUAAGCGAGCCACAGAGAAAAUCAGUGAGGACCUUAGAGCCACUCUCAAUGCAUUCGUCUACCGCACCAGCGAGCAGAGCAACAAGUUCAUGCUGGUGCUCGCUAGUAACCAGCCAGAACAGUUUGACUGGGCCAUUAACGACCGCAUUGAUGAGAUUGUGAACUUUGCAUUGCUAUGCCUGGUUUGGAGGAGAGAGAGAUUGGUGCGCCUGUAUUUCGACAAGUUUGUGUUGGGUCCUGCCACUGCAGGGAGACAGAGGUUAAAACUGGCUCAGUUUGACCAUGGUUUGAAAUGUUCAGACAUUGCCAAGCGAGCAGAGGGCAUGUCGAGGCGUGAAAUCUCCAAACUUGGUGUAGCCUGGCAGGCUGCUGCCUACUCCUCUGAAGAUGGAGUUUUGACUGAAGCAAUGAUUGACUCAAGAGUGGAUGAUGCUGUCAAGCAACAUGCACAAAAAAUGGACUGGCUGCUGGUGGACACGGGUAUGGGGGUUGGCAAGGUGGGUGUACUCCUAACUAAGGAAAUGGCUGCAGGAAUCACAGCACAAAAAGCUGCUUCACUAACACAAAGUGAAGAUACCACCCCUAGCAUACAAGAAAUUCUUCCACUAUACGAGGUUGUAAGCAAUGCUACCCAGGCAGAAACAACCACUCCAUCUUCAGAGGUACAAGCAGAUGUUAUCCUCCAAGAAGGUGCCACUUUGGUUAAAGAAAGUGAAGUUGUUGCUGCAGCAACUGUUGGAACAACUAUCUUGAAUGAACCACUUGAAACAAUUGCUGAGACAUCUGCUGCUGUCCCAUUGGAGCAGGAGGUUAAGGCUGUCAGUGACCUUACUGCUGAGGUUCUAGGAACAGCUGUACCUGUUGAUACUGCAGCACCUGAGGUAAAGGAUAUAGUCAUUGAGAAUAUUGAAACUGAGGGCACAGCAGCUUCCACCAUUCAAUAAACUGCUGCUGUGAGUAAAGAAGAACCCUCUGCUGAUUAAGUGCAAGAAACUGGGGCUGAAGAGGUAAUCAAGGAGAAGGAGAAUGUUGCUCCGCAAGUUGACAUAAUGGCCUUUGCAGUCGCCCUGGAAAAGGAAUUAGACACUGUCCUCUCUAAUGUUGUCCAGGAGCCAGAAGUUACAGUACCAGUACAAGCAGCUCUUGUUCAGGAAACUGAGUCAGCAACCACCUCUGUUGAUGGUGGAGCAACUGAAGCCAGUAAAGCUGCAGAGAAAGUAACCACUGAUAUUGAAAAAAAAAUGGCUGGAGAAGUAGUAACCAAUGUAGCUCAAGUGACUGUGUCCUUGGCAAACAUUGUUAAGGAGGCUGAAUCUAUAACAACUGAUGUAGCCAAGGUGGCAGAUACAGUGGCAACCAUCACUGAGGAGAUGGAGGCAGUAGCCAUGAAGGAGUCUGAACCAAUGGAAAAGGUGGUUGUCAGUGAUGCAAAUGAGGUUGCAGGAGAGUUGAAAAUAUCAGAGGUUACUCAAGAGUUUGAAGUGGUAGUGACAGAGAUGGAAUCAAAGAUUUUGGACACAGAGGUUGUCAAGGAGGUUGAACCUAUGAUGCCUGAGGCUGCUGCCAGUGAAGCUGAAGCCAUGCCAAAAGAGAUUACAGUGGAAACACAAGCCAUAGCUCCAGAGGAAACCAAAGUGACUCAGACUGUGGCUACAGAGUUAACCACAGAGGCUGAGACUUUGGCCACAGAAAAUGUCUCAGAACCUAUACCUGCAGAGAUUGCUGAGAAGGACACUGAACCUGGCAUAGCAGAGAUUUCCAAGGAAGUAGAAGUCCUAAAAGAUGAAGUAAUAUCAACAGGAAGUGGCAUAGAGGCUGAGGCCACAACUACAAAGGCAGCCGGAGAGUCGCAGAGAGCAGCUGCAGGUUUUGUCACAGAGAUUGCACCCAUAGAGCCUUUGCCUAUGGAGACUGAAUCCAAGAAUGCUGAAGUCACUAAAGUAGAGGUUUCCAAGGAAGCAGAAGUUCCAUCUUCCAAAGAGGUUGACACUGUGGUUACAGAAGAUAUGAAGUUGCCUGAAAGUACUGAGGUUGCUGCCCAGGAAACUGAGGCCAAAACAAAAGGGGCUGCAGUGCAGGUGGAGACUGUGGUAACUGAAGCUGAUAAGGACAACUGUCCCCAAACCAGUGUUGAUGAUGUCAAUGUGUCAGAACAGACUUCCAGCAAUGAAGAAGCUAAACCCAAUCAAACUGGUGUUCCAGACAGAGUGGAAAAGCCAGCGAUAAAUCACAAGCCAAAUCUAGUCCAAGAAAAUGAUCCCUUGGGGUCUUUGAUGACAUGAUAUUGUGAAUGAAGAGCUGUUGUAAUCCUGCAAUGUCUUAGUCUGGAAUUCUGUCUUCUUGUCUGCCAGUAUGUGUUGAACUGUCUUACUGUAAAUGCCAAGGUAAAUGUAGUAGUUGGGUACAGUCUCUUGGACUGCUGAAGUUUUAGUAAAAAGAUGCUUUAAACACUGUAAA